UAGCUGUGUAAACAAGUAACCGAAGCAGCAAGUCAUCGUGACUACGUUUUAUUUCCAUUGCAUCUCUCGCGCCACUAUUCUAUUGGUCACUUCUCAGAAGGUGCAGUCAUAUAAAUAGUAUAAGGCAAGCCCCCCCCCCGCUGCUCUUGGUUGCCACGUUUCGUCGCGUCGGACGCUUUUUCCUCCCGACAAAAGACGGCACACAUGGAUCCUCACAACACUAACGCGGAGGCGAAGGGGAGCCUACUGAGCCACGCGAAGACGCUCAGGCUCCACACGGGAAAUUUAGUCAACAGAGCCCGCUUGACGAAGAAAUGUCCAUGUUCCCCCAGCGAGGAGCUUCAAGAAUGCAUUCAGGCUACGCUGAGCAGCUGGUUCUCCACAAUAGAAGGACCUACUGAGGAUUUACCCGACACAUUGGACUGUAACAUCCCCCAGGCCACAGAUGCGAUCAUACCUGAGGAGAGGGAGGAGCUUAAGGUGUCAGCCAAGUUGUUCCUCUUCGAGUCGGAUCAGUCGUCCAUCAGAGAUGCAGUGGAGAUGGCCUGUCAGACGUUGGCUGUGGCCCAGCUGGACUCUGUUAUCAUCGCGCCGCGAAGGCUCCUUAGCGGCGAUGUCCAAACGCUGGCUCCCCUUCAGCCGGCGUGGGAGGAGCUGGAGGCGCUCGUCCGUAGCCAGAGGAUCGCCGCUAUCGGAACUUCCGACCUGGACAAGGACCUCCUGGAGCAGCUUUACAUCUGGGCUCAGGUCAAGCCCAGCAGCAACCAAGUGAACCUGGCCUCCUGCUGCGUGAUGCCCCCCGAGCUGACGGCCUUCGCCAAAGAGUUUGACAUCCAGCUUCUCACACACAACGAUCCUGCGGAGUUGAUAUCAGCGGCCACCUUCCGGGAGGCGAUGCAGGAGGGAACGCAGCACGCGAGCGCGGCCGACUGGAAGCUAGAGUGGCUCCUUCGCUACUCCGUCAUCGUCAAGAGUCGCGGCAUCAUCAAGGCCAUGGGCUACCUGUUCAGCGCCAGGAAGGCGGAACUCUAGCGGAGGCAAGCGAGGGAUGAAGCCAUUUGUCACCUUUUCCAUUCACGACUACAUGCAAAGUAACAGCUCUGCAAACAUGGAACGCUGCCCAUCAUACAUUUACUGUCACAUACUCUCUUGAGAUUUGUAUGAGGUUGGCAUUUUUUAGCUGAAUCAUUUGGGUCUAAAAAAAGAAGCACUCGUUACAAAGAUUUCGUGAUUUUGGGCUUUGUGAGUUUUACUGUUCAGCUACUUGCCAGAGAAGCUCAGUUUUGCACAAUAAGUUUAC